GACGAGUGGCGACCGUCACUCAAGUCAUCGCAAGUUCCGGCUGUAACCUUUCUUUUGGUACUGCGUGCCUAUCAAGGCAGGUUGCAUAGUGUUGUGUAGAGGCAAAGAUGACUAAGGGAACUUCCAGCUUUGGAAAGCGGCACAACAAAACCCAUACGUUGUGCCGUCGUUGUGGUAGAUCUUCCUACCAUAUUCAGAAGCAUACAUGCUCGCGUUGUGGCUAUCCAGCAGCCAAGAUCCGAUCGUACAACUGGUCGGAGAAGGCUAAGCGAAGAAGGACCACCGGUACUGGCCGCAUGCGCUACCUGAAGGUGGUGCGUCGUCGUUUCCGCAACGGAUUCCGCGAGGGUCAGGUGGCGAAGCCGCGCAAGGCCGCUGCCUAAUAAUUUAACACGCAUCCCCUUCUUUCCUUUUUUGCAAAACAACAACACAUUGUUUACCAAGUAAAACUAUACCUAACUUUGACCCUUCUUGACACAAUCGUGCGACCUGGUUUGCGAUAAAGCAAGGAAAUGUUUCUUCACUUAUGAAAUCCAUUGAAUUGUACCGUGAACUUAGGCGAAAGAAGGUGUCAAAUUAAGCGGAGGAAGAGGAUCUGCCAACCCACAUACCUGGUAACACGUUUUGCUGUACCAAUGUAAUGGAAUGCUUACAAGGAAGUGAAUAAAAGAUCGAAACACAACACAAAUGGAUGCGUAUGCGCAG